AUGAAGCUAGCAGGAAUUAGCCAUCAACUUCACCUCAAACCCCAAAAGAGACAUCUCCAACCUGAAAAAUCAUCGCAUCCUGUCAACGACGACCCUUCUCGCCUUUCUGUGAUUCGAGUACCUGGAGAUGGAAGGUGUCUGUUUAGAUCAGUUGUGUACGGAGCCUGUCUCAGAUCUGGAGACCCAUCUCCAAGUCAAUCCAAGCAAAAACAACUCGCUGAUGAUCUCAGAAACAAAGUAGUGGAUGAAUUCAUCAAGAGGAGAGCUGACACUGAGUGGUUUCUAGAGGGUGACUUUGAAACCUACACAGGGCAAAUGAGAAAGCCUCACAUAUGGGGAGGAGAGCCUGAACUUCUCAUGUCCUCUCAUGUUUUACAGAUGCCAAUAAGAGUGGUGAUGCAAGACAAGAACAAUGGAGGGGUGAAGGUAAUAGCAGAAUAUGGGCAAGAGUAUGGGAAGGAGAGCCCAAUCCAACUGAUGUAUCAUGGCUAUGGUCACUAUGAUGUGCUCAAGACUCCUCCUCCUUCUUCUUCCUUCUCUCACUCCUAAACUAACAUCUUCUUCUAUAAGGAUUAACUUUACAACAUCUAUAUUGGUAGGAUUCUACGUCACUCUCUCUUUAAUAUAUACUCUCACUUCAGAUUCUCUUCUCUGUUUCUAUUAAUUUGUAUCUAGCUAUCAAGCAAAUUGGUUCUAAUCUAAUUUAUGAUUAGUUUAAUUUCGUUGCUUGAAUAAUACUUUUUUCAAUUUUAAAUGUAAGAGUUAGUUGAGAGUUUUGAUUUGAUUCUAAAUGUGAAACUUCAAUAUACUUUUAUCUUUAGUAGAGAGUUUUGAUUUGAUCCUAAAUGUAAAACUUCAAUAUACUUUUAUCUCUCAAAUUUAUAAUUUCGUUUUGAAUUA